AUGUCAAACGAAAGAGUCAAGAAUGUAAACUCUUUGAAACUAGCAGGCUACAACGCUGACUCGAUGCCUAGUUUACCUAAAAGCUUCUUGGGGCACGUUGCAACAAUCCUCACAGCUUCUGAUGUUCACUUAACAGUUUCUACCAAAAGCUUUCCCGCUUAUCGCAGUUAUAUCUACUUGUCUUCAGCUUAUACACGAUUACCACAUCUUCACUUAACCUUGAGUGGAAGCUUAUCGGAGAAUAGCUGCGUUGCAAACGAAUUUGGAAGCUUUUCGGAUGAUGACUUUGUAGGCGGCCUUAGAUAUGAAGGCUACCUGGUAGACUAUAUCUCUCAAAUUGCAAAUGUUGUUGGUCCGCAAAGAGCGUCGCUUCAAGAGCUGCACUUGUUGGUCGAAUACGAUGCGGGCAGACAUUCUGUCUUUACUAUAAAACGGGCCACCUCACUUUUGGAGGUUAAAAUCGAGAUCUUUCAACUGCAGAACUUCCAAUAA